CUUGUCUUGGGGCAACCGGAGAAACUGAUCAAAGAAGAAUCCACUCAGGAUCGAGAGCAGGCUGUAAGGCAAAGCUGCUACUGUAACAUUGCCACCCGGCUUCGGAAGCAGCUGGGGCUGGGUGGAGGAAGAGAAGGCACGUGUUGGGAGGGUUCUUCCAGGAGUUCCGCCCCGCAAAACGCGUCAGGUCAAAAGGCCCCCAAAGUUGUUCUCGAGUAGCAGCCGUUUCCCUUCGAGACCCUGCUACCUCAUCCACCCCGCCAGGGCCCGGAAGCCGUGUCCCUCCGCUGCUUACGUGGGUUGCUAAGGUUGGGGCAGAGUGCCUGUUAACUUCAGCCUCCCUGCAGACCAAGAGAGUUUCAGAGCCCAAGCUGCGCUUCUGGUCCCACCUCAGGGCCCUGAGGAGCGCUAAUGAAACAUACCAGGCAGUCGCCAGAUCGGGCAGGGCGCUUAAGUUUGUAGAGAGGAGAAACGUGGUCCCUUCCGUGAAGCAGCUUUCCAGUCCUUACCCAAACAGACGCUCCCCACCCCACAAGCGCUCGCCAGCGCUGGAUGCUUUUUGAUAACGAAGGUGAAGGAGGAGAAGAGCCCACUGAAGUGUAUGAAUCCUCUCUCUUCUGUACUACAAUGGCCUCCAAUGACCAAAAUGGCGGAAGUGUCUCCUCUUCUAGUAGUCGUCUACAGAGCCGAAAGCCACCCAACUUGUCUAUCACUAUCCCACCCCCAGAGGUCUCAGCCACAGGAGAACAAGACAACAUACUACCACCUGAGAGGCCUAGGAACCCAGCCUAUUUGAAGAGUGUGAGUAUGCAGGAAUCUCGGGGGCGAUGGCACGAAAACAACUCGGAACGUCGUCCUGGCUUCCGCCGCCAGGCCUCACUGUCCCAGAGCAUCCGAAGGGGCACCGCACAGUGGUUUGGUGUCAGUGAGGAUUGGGAUGGAAAGCGGCAAAAUUGGCAUCGGAAGAGUCUCCACCACUGUAGUAUGCGCUAUGGGAAGCUGAAAGCCUCCUGCCAAAGAGACCUGGAGCUCCCCAGCCAGGAGGUGCCUUCUUUCCAGGGUACUGAAUCCCCCAAAGCCUGCAAGUUGCCCAAGAUUGUGGAUCCACUCGCCCGGGGCCGGGCAUUCCGGCACCCAGAUGAAGUGGACAGGCACCACCCCCCACUGCCACCCCUGACCCCUGGCGUGUUGUCUCUCAGCUCCUUCACCAGCGUCAGAUCGGGCUACUCCCACCUCCCCCGUCGAAAGAGAAUGUCUGUGGCCCAGAUGAGCUUUCAUGCUGCAGCUGCUAUCCUCAAGGGCCGAUCCGUGCUAGAGCCCGCAGGCCAGAAGCGCCGGGUGAUCAAACGCAGUUUUGCCUACCCCAGUUUCCAUGACGAGGAUGUGGUGGAUGGAGCAGACACAUUUGACUCCUCAUUUUUUAGUAAGAUCGACAUGCAGGAGAUGUAUUCGAUGCCCGAUGAUGUCUUUGAGUCACCCCCGCUGUCUGCCAGCUACUUUCGAGGGAUCCCACACUCUGCUUCCCCCCAGACCCCAGAGGGACUACACAUUCCCCUGAAGGAAUAUACCCAGGCCCCAGCUCCAGUCACCAAGCGAGGCCAACGCAUUGCCUCCAAAGUUAAACACUUUGCCUUUGAUCGGAAAAAGCGACACUAUGGGCUGGGGGUGGUAGGCAGCUGGCUGAACCGUAGCUAUCGCCGAAGCAUCAGUAGCACUGUGCAACACCAGCUGGAGAAUUUCAGCAGCCACCGGCCAUACUUUACUUACUGGCUUACUGUUGUGCACAUCCUGAUCACACUUCUAGUGAUUGGCACCUAUGGCAUUGCCCCUAUUGGAUUCGCUCAGCAUGUCACCUCCCAGCUGGUGCUAAGGAAUAAAGGCGUGUAUGAAAGUGUAAAGUACAUCCAGCAAGAGAACUUCUGGAUUGGUCCAAGCUCGAUUGACUUAAUCCACCUGGGAGCCAAAUUCUCCCCGUGCAUCCGGAAGGAUCAGCAGGUCGAGCGGUUGAUCCAGCAUGAAAGAGACCAGGAACGUGACUCGGGCUGUUGUGUCCAGAAUGAUAACUCGGGCUGCAUCCAGACUCAGCGGGCAGACUGCUCAGAGACUUUGGCUACUUUCACCAAAUGGCAAGAUGGCACGGGUCCCUUCAUGGACAAAUCUGACCCAAACUCAACUCGGACAUCCGGGGCUGUUUGCCACCAGGACCCCAGGACAUGUGAGGAGCCAGCCUCUAGUGGUGCCCACAUUUGGCCAGAUGAUAUCACCAAGUGGCCAAUCUGCACAGACCAGGCCAAGAAUAACCGCACUGGCUUUCCUCACAUGGACUGCCAGAUCAAGGGUCGCCCAUGUUGCAUUGGCACCAAGGGCAGCUGUGAGAUCACAACCCGGGAAUACUGUGAGUUCAUGCAUGGCUAUUUCCAUGAAGAAGCAACACUUUGUUCCCAGGUACACUGCUUGGACAAAGUGUGUGGGCUUCUGCCAUUCCUAAACCCUGAGGUCCCUGAUCAGUUCUACAGGCUUUGGUUAUCCCUGUUCCUCCAUGCUGGGUUGGGGCACUGCCUCGUGUCUGUGCUUUUCCAAAUGACCAUCUUGCGGGAUCUGGAAAAAUUGGCAGGCUGGCACCGAAUUGCCAUCAUCUUUAUCCUCAGUGGCAUCACAGGCAACCUAGCCAGCACCAUCUUCCUUCCAUAUAGAGCAGAGGUGGGCCCUGCCGGCUCCCAGUUUGGCCUUCUCGCCUGCCUCUUUGUCGAGCUCAUCCAGAGUUGGCAGCUCCUGGAAAACCCCUGGAAGGCAUUCCUGAACCUGUCGGGCAUUGUGUUCUUCCUCUUCAUCUGCGGGCUUCUGCCUUGGAUCGACAACAUUGCCCACAUCUUCGGUUUCCUUAGUGGCCUCCUGCUCUCCUUCGCCUUCCUGCCCUACAUCACCUUCGGCACAGGAGACAAGUACCGCAAGCGAGCCAUGAUCCUGGUAUCCCUGGUCAUCUUUGCAGGCCUCUUUGCCUCCCUCGUCAUCUGGCUGUAUGUCUAUCCCAUCAACUGGCCCUGGAUCGAAUACCUCACCUGCUUCCCCUUCACCAGCCGAUUCUGUGAAAAAUAUGAGCUGGACCAGGUGCUACACUGAUGCCCCUCUGCUGUCCUGGGCUUCCAGGCUGCUAAAGGAUGGGAAGCCGUGAGAUGCCCAUUUGGGUGCCACCAAAGUUUGGGGCCUUGGAGGAGAGAGGGAGCAUGUGGUUUCUUCCAGGGGAGCAAGAUGCCACUCUCCUCUUCUCCCUCUGCUAGGAGGCUACAUGAAUGUGGCGGUUAAAUCCCGGAGACAGAGGACACUCACCUGCAACUCCUAGGAGUAGGUUGGGGCAGCAUCCACUCGAUGUGGGCAAGACAGGCUAGAGGAGGCUCCUCGGGAUCCCAGUGGCAUUUUGGGAAAUAAAGGCCUCUUUCUUAUACUUUCAUGUUCUUGACUCGAGGCCUCUUCAGGGAGACCCUAGCCCACUUCUGGGGAGCUCAGGUCCCCUUGCUUCCCCUGCACUAUCAGUAGGAGGCCAGGAAAUCUUUCUACCCACCUCACACCCAGGGAGCUCCUCUUCAAAAGACCACCCAAGAUGGUCUUGGAUGACUUUCUUUUCUUCUUGGGCCUCUGGUUAUGCUUAACCGUAGUCUGUCCUGGUGCCUUUUCUUCCCUUAUGACCUUGAAUCCAUUCCUAGACUAAGGAAGCCUUUUCUGUGCAAGGGCUCUCCUGCCAAAGCUGCCUUAGACCACGGAAAUCUCCGAAGGGCCAGACUCCCUUUCUGAACCUCCCCAUCCCCAGACUCCCAUAGAAUGAAUGGGAGAUGGCAUUUUACUCUCUCUCCUGCCUUACUGCCUCACCCCAAGGGAUUCUGGUGAGUUGUCUUGGGGUUGUAAGCCUUUCUUAGAUGGAUUCCAUGAUAGGAAAGAUGGUGGAUGCCAUUACAAAAUAGGAGGAACAGGAGGAGAAAUUAAGAAGGGAAAAAUACUACUUAGCUGGGCAUGGGCUGGACUUAGGAGGUGGAAGCCUCCUCUCAUUCCGCCCUUCACCUCCUCUUUCAAGUGACUCAGAUUCUUCAGCAAUACUCCCCAGCCCUGAUUGCUUUCCACCUCACACCAUACCCCGUGGUGAGGAUGGGAGCUGAUUCAGAUUUGGAGAGUUCCUUUUCUUUUUAACUGGUUCAUGUUGGAAUUAUUAUUUUUAAAACUUAAACCAGUUUAGUGAUAACUAUUAUGGACAGUAUCACUAUUUAAUUAAAUAUUCUUUAUAGAAAACAAA